GCAAGGUCGGCUUUUUGCAAGGUCGGCUUUUUGCAAGGUCGGCUUUUUGCAAGGUCGGCUUUUUGCAAGGUCGGCUUUUUGCAAGGUCGGCUUUUUGCAGUGACAAGCUACUGCCGUGAUACUGUGACUGUUUGUAUUUACGUUGCUAGUCUGAAAAGAACUGCUCUAGCUGUUGUAGGGUGCCAAUACGGUGUCGCCCACGCGUUUCUCACGCCUCCUCCCCGCAAUGUUUUCUUUCUGACGACACUCACGCAGUGAUUGUUCAAAGGGAACGGUCUGAGACGUGAAAAUGGCUCGCUAGAUUUGAUACUUUUAUGGAGAUGUAGUAUCUUGCUGAGUUUCGUGGCUGUUUACGAGCAAUUUGUGUAGAACUCUGCAAGAGCAUUUCGUGUAACACGCACGUUUCCUGGCAACCAUUUGCCACCCAAGUCUGAUAUCCAACACCUGGCUGCUCUGUAAUUCAAUCUAGCUAAGUCAGCCAACACCCUCAACACACAGUCACUGCACAUGUUUCUACACAGUCGACCUGGCAAGUGCGUUAUUUGCGUAGGCGAGGUCAAAAUUUAUUUUCUAAUAUCCGGGGAUUAUGCGCUUGCUGCAGAGGAGACGCCUGAUCGUUUUAGCAAAAACCAGGACCGUUACAACCAGCAACGUGCGCUGAAACUAUGGAUAUUGUUAAAUGUCUAUCAUUUGUACGAGUUUGACUGGAAUCAGCUGCGUUUCAGAUGGGAAGGAGCGCGAACACCUCCGGGGGUGGUAGGUGACUUCUUUGUCUGUGCACUUUUGUCUCUUGGGCUAUUUCUGUUUGAAAUCGCAUGUAACAAGUAGAAGACACGAAUUAACGUUACUGGUGAUUUUAUGAUGUUGUGUGCACUGGCGUUUUUCACCAAUUCAGGUGUAGCAAAGCGGCCCACCUAGCGACCGUGGUCACGCACGGAGAAGUGUGUAGAGACCACAUUUCUGCGCCUGAGCAGUAGUUGGCGGGCUUCUCGAUUUGCAAUCGAUUAGAGCUGAUUAUCUUGUGUCUGUUCAGUGACUUUCUUGAUCUGGGUCGCGUUUCUAGUUGUGUAGUUGUAUUUACCAAUAGUUCUUGGAUUUUAUUUACUGCAACAGGUAGGUGACAACUAUGCCUACUCUUAUUGCCGUUUUCUAACUUUGACAAUAAAAUUUGUAUUGCAAGAAUAGUCCUAGAUUUUCCAGUGUUUAUCAACACUAAAAUGAGCAGGUGGAAGAGAGGAGAGGAUGUUCACCCAGGGAGGAAUUGUGUGUCAUAUAGUGUUUGUGGAGGCAGAUUUCGUCAUCCAGACAACUGGAAUGAAGAAUUCAAGGGGUAGAUCAUGACGUCAUCUCAGCUUGAUAUGCAGUCUUGCUUGUUUCCAAAGUGUAGUAGAUAGUUGAAAAGAAAGUGGGAAAUUUUUUGCAUAUGUGUGCAAAUGGAUGCAGAUGUGCCAAGAGAAUUUGAGGAAGAAGAGCCCUCAUCAUCUGAUUCUUUGUCGCCAAGUAUCUAUUGACUGUUGUGGCUUUCAUGCUAUCAUUGUACUCAUGUGUUCAUCAUUUGUGCGACCAGAAGAAAGUCCAUUUUACUCCUUCAAAAAUCCAAAUUUAUCAGAGAGAGAGUCAUUUCCUAGAGGCUGUUGAAAUAAAUUUUAAUUUAUUUAUUCUAAAUAAAUGUUUUGUAAUGAGUUGUAGACUAUCUUAACAACAACAGCAAUAAUAAUAAUUAUUAUUAUUAUCCCAGGUAAAAAUAAUAAUGAAAAUAAUUAAUAAUGACAAUAAUAAUGAGAAAUUAUAAUAAUAAAUAAUGUAUAUGCACACAAACAAGUUCUGUGUACUAUGUCUUCAUGAGAUGUUGUGUCAUUUCAAGGUUACUGAGAUGUUGCAGAGCUCAUUUGACAGCAAAGACCUGGAAAGAUCUACUCCAACUAACGUGAAAUCACUUGAUAGAAUUGAGACACGGAAGGUCUUUGGUCCCACUUGCGAGCACAGAUGAGUGACCAGUGGAUUUCAAAAUUUCAAGAGCUAAUCGAUGGUGGAUGGAUAUGUCCCAACGAUGAACUGAAAAUGUGUUGUUUUUGGUAUGCAUUCACUGGCGUUCUAGAAGCAGAACUGGACGCAUUUCGUCAGUGGUGGAACACCCACAGAAUGAGGAAGACGAAAACUGGGCAAUGUCCCGGCGGCAUUCCAGAGGAUAUCUUUGCUUUGCCUCAGCUAACCGGAACGCAGGACUACUUGUGCCCUAUUGAUUCUGAGGUGUUUGGCGAGGCUUAUGAGCAACUGGCCUCUGUUGAGCCUAGCUUCUAUAGCCAAAAGUUUGAAGACGCCGCUCAGAGUUGUCUUAGUGUGAUGGGAAUCAGAGCUGCAGACAUAGCUUCAGAAAACUGUGUGAUGGUUUAUAAAUUUUUAAUAGCGUUCAUUGAAUAUAUGCACAGUAAUUAGUUCUGGCAACAAAGUAUAGCAAUUCUCUUCUUUUUUUUGGUCAAUUGUGGGCGUGGUCAGAAAGUUGUUUAACUAAGAAGGGGAGCCAAGCUGCAUCCUAUGCAAGAAUAAAUGACACACGCACACACGCGAACGCACAUGUAAUGUGUAUGUACCGUAAGUGUAGUCACAAUCACUGAAUGCAAGAUCGAACAACGAGAUCACACCGCUUCUGAUUUUGAAAGAUGACUUUGGCAUAUUAAUUAAUACGCACAAAUCAACGUCGUACGCAGAGAUUGUCAGUGUAAAGAGAAUCAAAA